AGAGCGGCGAGAAGAUGAGCGAAGUCAAAAGGCCGGACGGAAGUGGUAGUAACCAUGGCGAUCAAAAGGCUCUCGAGAAAGGCGGAGAAGAAGAAGAAGAGAGAAUCUGCUCCCCCUCCACGCUCGUGCCCGCGUAUCCAUCCACCCAAAGCCUCCAACUUUUCAUCUUGUUCUUUGUCCCUCCUUCCCCCUUCUUCCUUUCUUUUCUCCGCAACGGACUCACGCAACACGCAUCAUUCCAUUAUCUCCUCUCUGCGUCGUAGCGGCGACGCAACCGGCCAGGGAGUUAGCGUGAAGUGCGACAAGCUAGCGGCUAGUGUGUUGGAGUGAGGAAAAGACUAGGCGUUGUCGCGUAUGGGAUGAGCCCGCGGCCGGGGGAUGGCGAACCGGGAGAGGGCGGGCGCCGGCGCCGUGGGCAGCGCCGGCAGCCUCGGCCUCCGCGUCGGCCAGGCCGUCUUCUCGUCGGCGGCGCUCCUCUUCAUGUCCGUCGGCGUCGAGUUCUUCAGCUACACCGCCUUCUGCUUCCUAGUGACAAUCAUGGGGUUGGUGAUCCCCUGGAGCUGCACGCUGGUUAUGAUCGACGUGUACUCCAUAUUCGUCGGCUGCCCGCUCCGGGUGCCGGGUGUCAUGGCCAUCGUCGUCGUCGGAGACUGGGUGCUGUCCAUCCUCUCGCUGGCCGCCGCGAGUUCGAGCGCCGCCGUCAUCGACGUCCUCCUCCAGUUCCAUGGAUCCCAGUGUACGGCGAGGCUGUGUGAGAGGUACCAGCUGUCUGCGAUGAUGGCCUUCUUGUCCUGGUUCCUCACGGCCGCUUCCUCCCUCUUCAACCUCUGGGACAUCGCCUCCAGGUGAGGAGGGUGAAAUGCAGAGAUCCUGACUGACUCCAGUAUGACCCCGAAUCCCCGAUUCAGUCUUGUUUUGGGUACAGUAGGUUGGAAGGAACGCUUUGUAGUAUUCAGAAACCUGCCUCUGGCCAAUUAGCCAAUCUGUGGUCGAUGCCCACCCAACCUGAUAAAGGGUGCUUCAAGUUAACCUUAUGCAAUUCGAAUGAUCAGAUUCAUGCGAAACCCUACACUAGUUUUGUUCACAUCAUUCUAUGGUCAGUAUAAUAUCUGGAGAAUUCGUGCAUA